CAGAGAACAUCAGGGGACUAAUCAGAGAGGGAGAAAGACUACUCCAGGCUCUCUGAAACUCUUUCACCCCUUAAAAAAAACCCAAACCACUGGGCACUCUUUCUCUCUCUUUCUCCCUCACACACACACACACACUCUCUCUGUCCCCUGGGCCAUUUGCCUCUCUGCAUCAAGGAACUACAAAUUUGGACUUCAGCCUCUCCCAAAACAACACCACUGGAAACUGAGCAGCUCCACAAAACAGGAACCAUGAGCACAGAGAACAUGAUCCGAGACGUAGAGCUAGCAGAAGAAGCACUCCAAAGGAAAGCCAGGGGGCCCCAAGGCCCUGGACGCUGCCUCUGCCUCUCACUUACCUUCUUCCUUCUUCUUGCUGGGGCCACCAUGCUCUUCUGCCUGCUGCACUUCGGGGUGAUUGGACCCCAGAAGGAAGAGGAGUCCACAGAUUUUCUUGGCAUGAAACCUCUGACCCAGAGAGUCAGAUCCUGUCAGACUGAAAGUAACAAGCCUGUAGCUCAUGUUGUAGCUGAUCCACAGGCAGAGGGCCAGCUCCAGUGGUUGAGUAGGCGUGCCAAUGUCCUCCUGAGCAAUGGCAUGAAACUGGAAGACAACCAGCUGGUGGUGCCAUCCACUGGGCUCUACCUGGUCUACUCCCAGCUCCUUUUCAAGGGUGAAGACUGUGCCAGUGAACCCCUGAUCCUCACUCACACCAUCUCCCGGGUCGCACUGUCCUACCAAAACAAAGUCAGCCUCCUUGCUGCCAUCAAGAGUCCAUGCCAGAAGGCAGCCCAAGGAGCUAGGGAAGCCAGUCCCUGGUAUGAACCAACCUACCUGGGUGGUGUCUUCCAGCUUGAGAAAGGUGAUAAGCUCAGCGCUGAAACCAACUAUCCAAAAUAUCUUGACUUUGCUGAGUCUGGCCAGGUUUAUUUUGGGGUUAUUGCCCUUUGAGAGAAGAAGGGAAGUCAUACACCUGUCCCAUGCCCUUCCUCACCUUUCAUUCACCUUUAUCAAUAUUCCUCCAUGCCCAUUGAUUGCCUUCUUUUUUUGGGUCUGAAAAGUGAUUUAAAUACUGGGAACUUGAGUUUAGAACAAACUAGAAUAUGACAAAGGACAUUGAGAAAACAAGGGUCAGAAGAGUGCAAGUAGUAAUAUAAACUGAUAUUGGCUGCAUAUCAAGGACCAUAGAAAUAUAGAGUCCAGAGUAACAUAAAAAAUCCAUCAAGAAAUCUGUAUGCUGAAACCAAUUUGGAACCUAGACCGAAACUGGGAACCUAGGACCUAGAGUAGAGUGCCCAGCACACAAAACAAGCCUGACCUGAGAACCCUCUUUACUCUAGAACACUCCCUGAGGUAUAUAUCUGAUCUAGACCCUGAAAUGAAUCUAAAUCCAGAUCUUUCCUGUUCUAUUUAUUGUAAUGAGGAGCCCUGCUAUUUGCCCCCAGGGGUGGCUUCUAUUAUUUAUGACUAGAUAAUAUGUUUGUUUAUUUAUUUAUUUAUUUGUAUAUUUAUUUAUUAUUUAUUUAUUCUUGAAUAUAUUUAUUAAGAAGGUUAGCAUUCAUGGGGAACCCAGAUGUUGAGGUUUCCCCAGCUCAGGAGUAUUUUCUGUGAAAAUGGAACCGAACCAAGGCUUCUAUCCUGGCCCCUUGUCCACCCUCCCAUCUUCCUAUUUAAAAAAAAAAAACAUCUGAUCUGAUUACAUUGCUGAUUUAGUGGCUGUAUGUCGCUGUGUCUCUAAACCUCUGCUCCCCAGGGGAGCCGUGUCUGUAAGCGCCCUAUAUGUUAGUGGCGAGAAAUAAACUUUGCUUUGAAAACA